AUGAGGCGUGUACGAAACAGAUGCACAAGUCGAUUUCGCUGUUCAUGUAUCGUUUCAUGUUCUCUUAUUGGAUUUAUAUUUUUUGCUAUUAAAUUUAAUUCAAAACAAACACAACCAUCAGUAUGUGUGCCUAAAAAUCCUGAUAAUGAAGUAAUUGAUCGUCAAGAUGAAUGGCAAUAUAAAAAUAGUGUCACUGGUCAAUGGUAUCAUUGGAGAACAUUACAUAUAGAGCAAAAGAAUCAAGCUGAAUGGCGUGUCAAUUGGCUAAAUGUUGCUCCAGAAUCAUAUCUCGGUGUUAUUGUCUAUCUGGCUGUAUAUAGCGAAAUUCAAUCACUUAAAAUAUCACUUGCACAGUUGUCUCGUUUGCUGUCAAAUAAUCCAAGACCUGUUGUCAUUUUUCAUGAAGGUGAUUUUAGUGAUAAUGACAUUCAACAAUCACUAGCUCAAACAUUAGGAAUUCGUACUCCAUUAGCAUUUGAACAGAUCAAGUUUUCUAACAAUUCAUUUCGUACUAAACCCGUUCAUCGCCGAUUCCCACCGAAGUAUUUUCAUAUGUGCCGGUUUUUUACUUUGAUGCUUCCAAGCCAUCCUUUAUUAACGUUAUUUUCAUUUUAUUGGAGACUUGAUACACAUUCAUACAUAUUUGGAAGAAAACCUAUUGAAGAUCCAUUUGAUAUCAUGCAAAACCGAAAAAUUCAAUAUGCUUUUACUAUGGUUAAUGUAGACGAUGAACUUCAUGUUUUUGGUUUGUGGUCAAUUUUUCACGAAUUUCUCAAAGAUCAUUGUUUGGAACCUUCAACUGCUUUUCGUAUUACACAAACUGGUUGGUUCGAUAGCUAUUCACUUGCAAUUAUUUUUACAAAUUUCGCUAUAGCUAAUGUUUCUCUUUUUCGUGAUCAUUCAUUAAUAAGAGCUUGGCUUCAUAAGGUGGAUCUUAAUGGUGGUAUUUAUCGUCAUCGAUGGGGUGAUGCACCCAUUCAUACUUUAAUUCUUACUCAAUUAAUUCCGCGAACUCAAGUUGCGCGUUUUAGGUAUUUUGGCUAUAUGCAUCGAAAUGAGUAUGUCUGCGCUACUGGUAUAAACGGUCGUUUUUGUAAAGCACAAACAAAACCAUUAUUUACCGGUCCUGAAACGAGCUAUUACUAUCAGCCAGCUGGAUGCAAUCCUCAUGAUGGAAAUCCUUUGUGUCACUAUUAUCCAGAGAUUACGCUAUGA